GUUAUAAAAGUUGUAGUAGUACAAAAGAAAAAGCCCAAUUAUAAAAUCCACAGAUAAAAUCAGAAAAGCCCUAAGCGGUUUAAAUCGGCUUCUUCUUCUUCUUCCUCCCUUCUUCGACCCGCCGCUGCCUCUCCCACUGCGAAAACCUCCGGAGCCAUGGCAGCAGAGAAGAAGUUGAGCAACCCAAUGAGGGAGAUAAAGGUCCAGAAGCUCGUCCUGAACAUCUCCGUCGGAGAAAGCGGAGAUCGUCUCACCAGGGCCGCGAAGGUGUUGGAACAGCUCAGUGGCCAAACCCCUGUUUUCUCUAAGGCUAGGUACACUGUGAGGUCCUUUGGCAUCAGGCGUAAUGAAAAGAUUGCUUGCUAUGUCACUGUCCGGGGUGAUAAAGCAAUGCAACUCCUUGAGAGUGGAUUGAAAGUGAAGGAAUAUGAGCUGCUCAGGAGAAACUUCAGUGAUACCGGUUGCUUUGGUUUUGGUAUUCAGGAGCACAUUGAUCUUGGAAUCAAGUAUGACCCAUCAACUGGUAUUUAUGGCAUGGAUUUCUAUGUUGUCUUGGAACGGCCUGGUUUCCGAGUUGCACGGCGAAGAAGGUGCAAGGCCCGUGUCGGGAUCCAACACAGAGUCACCAAGGAAGAUGCCAUGAAGUGGUUCCAAGUCAAGUAUGAAGGUGUCAUCCUUAACAAGUCCUCCAACCUUCCAUCUUAGGGGAUGUCUUUUCUACUUUGCUGUCUUCUCUCUUCAAGUGGCUUCGUGGACCAACAAUUUGUGUUUUGUUUUUUUUUGAGUUAGCAAAGUUUUGCUUAUGGAUUGAUAAUUUACCAUGAGAUGAUUAAAAGCUUUUAGUAUCU